UUCAGGGUCCUAGGAGUCACUGCUUGUUCCUGUUGUUCUGCUCUGUGGUGAGUCUGUUGGACUGAAUGUUUCUGCUGAGGAAUUCAACCAGAUCUGCAAGAAAGGAUCUGCUGCCUUACUGCAGCCCGGCAGUCUGAGGCCUCCCUUGCCUUCUUUCAUCCUCCUCUUCCUCCUACUCCCCCCAUCUGCUGUCUGCGUCCUGCACCUGUUUCGACACGCCAGGUGAAGUGGAUCCUCUAGCCUUGCACAGUUUUUUCAGCUGACUGUAACUGAAGGGCAAUUAGGAACCCAGUCUAUUCAUUUGACUGGAUUGCUGCUUUGCUCUCUCUCUCUAUAGCCCACCUUCCUUCCCUCCCUGUCUGUCUCUACCCCCCUCCCACUCUAUCUCUGUCUAGCCCAGUCUGAGCCUGGUUGACUCUAUGACUGUGGGUACUCAUGGAACUACAGUAAUUUCCCUGUUGCUGAUCACACGGAAAGGACACAGACCGAAGACAGGGUGAAAUAUAAAUCUUGACGAGGAUAAAUUGGAUUGAGGACUGAAUUCUGCGGUUGGAAGAGCAGCAGGUAUGAAAGGUCAGAUUGUGGUUGUGUCUGUGGCUCUGCUGGCCGUGUGCUGCCUGUUGAUCCCCAGAGGAGGGGAGAGUGCUGGGGGGAUAGCUUCUCUCCGACACAGUGUAGAGGAGAGGCAGGCAGGGGAACGGCUGCGAGACGAGUCUCUGGAUGAUCCAGAAAUUGUGCAAGGACUUGCAGAGGAUCCACACCCACUGAGAAACAACAGUAAGGCCAAGAGAGAGACUGAUGAAGCUGCACUGGAAGGUGUUUUGAGCAGGGUGAGGAAAGCACCAGACGAAGGCAAAAAAAAGAAGGACAAGAAGAAGAACAAAGAGCCAAAGCGUCCCAAGGCUACCAAAAAGCCCAAAACUGAGAAGAAGGGAAAGAAGAAGGGCAAACAGACGACGACAACGACAACAACAACAACUCUGCCACCAACCACAACAGCUGUCCCGACUGAACCACCCACUGAAGCAGAGCCAUACACAGAGUACUCUUAUCCUGAUCCUGAUGCUGAUUACUGGAAACCAGACGAUGACUACUGGGAGGUUGAACCCACACCAUCCAGGCCUCAGCCCGAGGCUCCUAUCACAGAUCUACCCUAUGACUACUGGAAGCCAGAGGAGGAAGUCCCAGCUGCUACUGUGACAGACAACUUUGAUGACUACUGGAACCCAGAGGAGAAUGAGCCUUAUCCUUCAGUGACUGACAACUAUGACAGCUACUGGAAAGAGGUGGAACCUACAGCUCCUGCCCCUGAGGUUGAUGGGAAGGCUGGCACAGAUGACGGCGAUUACUGGGAUGCCACAUUUGAGGGGCCAGAUAAUCUUCCAUUCCCUGACGGUAAAGAGGUCAGCCCUGAAAUCAUAGUAGAAACUCUACCAGAAGAGCCCACAGCCACUCUUCCCUAUGAGGGGACAUGGUAUGAAGAUUAUGACGAAUACGGAAUGAGGAAGAAAGAAGAUGAGACGGAUGAAAAAUGGAUACAGAAAGAGAGAGAGAGAGCAGAAAAAGAGAGAGCGAGGGAAGAGAAGGAGAGAACACAGAAGCUGAAGGAGGCAGAGGAUCGGGCCAGGAGCAGACCACAUGUCUUCAAAGAGCCAAAGAAGUGCCCUCCCCUGGGGAUGGAGUCUCAUAAGAUCAACUCAGACCAGCUUUCUGCCUCCUCUAUGUCUCAGUACAGAUUUGCACCUCAAAGGGCACGCCUCAACAUGCAGGGCUCUGAUGAUGAGGAGAACAUGAGAGGAGGAGCGUGGUGUGCAAACUCAGAAGACAGGAUCCACUGGUUUGAGGUCGAUGCUCGCAGAGAGACAGAGUUCACAGGAGUCAUAACUCAGGGACGAGACUCCUUCAAUGAGAGUGAUUUUGUGAUGUCCUACUUCCUGGCUUUCAGUAAUGACAGCAGAGAAUGGACCACCAUCCAUGAUGGAUAUGCUGACUGGUUGUUCUUUGGAAACAAUGAUAAGGACACUCCAGUGAUGAACCAGCUGGCAGAGCCUGUGCUGGCCCGCUACAUUCGAAUUAUUCCUCAGAGCUGGAAUGGCUCUCUGUGUAUGAGGCUCGAGAUCCUAGGCUGCCCUCUGCCUGAUCCAACUGAUGUUCUGUACAGGCAAAAUGAAGUGACUCCAGUGGAUUACUUGGAGUUCAAAUAUCACAGCUAUUCAGAGAUGGUUGCACUUAUGAAGUCAGUGAACGAGGAGUGUCCCAACAUCACCAACAUCUACAGCCUGGGCCUCAGCUCCAAGGGGCGGGAAAUCUUGGCCAUGGUCAUCUCUGGAGAUCCCACAGAACAUGAAAUAGGUGAGCCGGAGUUUCGCUACACAGCAGGUUUCCACGGAAAUGAGGUGGUAGGUCGGGAGAUGCUCCUUCUUCUUAUGCAGUACCUGUGCAAAGAGUACAAAGACAAAAACCCCAGAGCCCUGAGACUGGUGGAGGGAAUACGCAUCCACCUGGUGCCUUCUCUGAACCCUGAUGGACAUCAAGAAGCAUUUGAAGUGGGAUCAGAGCUGAGUAGUUGGACCACUGGACACUUCACUCAGGAUGGCUUUGACAUCUUCCAGAAUUUCCCAGACCUGAACCACAUACUGUGGGAUGCUGAAGAUAAGGGUUUGGUGCCUAAACUAACCCCUAACCAUCAUGUGCCCAUACCAGAGAACUCUGAAGAUAACAGCUCGAUUGCCGUGGAAACCAGGGCUAUAAUCUCCUGGAUGAAAAGCCAUCCAUUUGUAUUGGGUGCAAACUUCCAGGGCGGGGAGACAAUUGUGGCCUAUCCUUAUGACAGCUUACGUCUCAACAAGCCUGCUCAGACCCAACAACGCCACAGCCGCAAGAAGAGACAGUAUGAAGAAGAAAGUUUUGACGUGACAGAAUGGGGAAUGGGUUACCACGAGGUGCCAGAGGAAGACUGGAGAAGAACAGGAUACACUGAGCCAGAGGAAGACUGGAGAAGAACAGGAUACACUGAGCCAGAGGAGGAGUGGAGACAAACAGGAUACGCUGAGCCAGAGCAGUGGCAGGGCCAGGGCUAUGAUCAUGGUUACGACCAUGGCUAUGAUCACAGUUACAACCAAGGUUAUGGCCACAGAGAGGAAGAGGAUGACGACAGAGAAAGAAGUGCUGGUUACCAGUACACUGAGCCAGAGGAUGAAACUAGGGAAAUUGCAGACGAGUCCCUCUUCAGGUGGUUGGCUGUCUCCUAUUCCUCCACACAUCUGACCAUGACACAUAACGUCCACAGCUCCUGCCAUGGAGACACUGCUGCAGGGGGACUUGGCAUCGUCAACAGGGCCAAAUGGAAGCCAGUCACAGGCAGUAUGAAUGACUUCAGCUACCUGCACACCAACUGUUUUGAGCUGUCCAUAUUCCUGGGUUGUGAUAAGUUCCCUCACCAGAGUGAGUUGGCUUAUGAGUGGGAGAAGAACAGAGAAGCAAUGCUCACCUUCAUGGAGCAGGUGCAUCGUGGCAUCAGGGGCAUAGUGAAGGAUCAGCAGGGAAACCCCAUUGCAAAUGCCACUGUGUCUGUAGAGGGGAUCAACCAUGAUGUCACCACAGCUCCAACAGGAGACUACUGGAGGCUGCUGCACCCAGGGGAGUACCCAGUGACAGCCAUGGUGGGUUACCAGUCAGGAGCGACCGCUUGCAGCUUCAACCUGGCCAAGUCCAACUGGGAUCGCAUUAAACAGAUCAUGGCCCUCCAUGGCAACAAGCCAAUACGACUCAGCUAUAGCACCACCAAAGCACAGCACCCCGCAGCUGGUAAUGGCAACAGGCGUGUGGUUGGUAGCAACAAUGGGUCUUCACCAAACUCACGACUCAGCGCUGAACGGCUAAGGCGGCUCAGGAUAGCUCGUAUGCGUCGUCGGCAGCAGAGAUUGAGGUUAUCAUCUACGACGAUGGCGAUGACGACGACAACAAUGACAACGACAACAUUACCCCCAACAACAACCACAAUUCCCACAACACCAGAGACCACCACAUCCUGGUAUGACUCGUGGAUCAUAGGGGAAGGAGAGUCCUCGACACCUGGUGGGUUCACAGACUCCAUUGUGGAUUAUAACUACGAGUACAAGAUCGAUGACUAUUAAACCAAACAUGCACAGACAGCUUCUGUAAACACUCACCCUUUCCUAACUGUAGUUCUCGUUGUCGUGUUGUACUUUUGAGCAGGUCGAUAAAGAAUCAAAAGAAGGUUCCUGUCUUUGUACAACAUAUAAGCAAAGGGAAUGUACAGGAUAACUAUUAAUUCUAUUAAGACAGUGUAUCUGUUCCUUAAAGUUGACAAAAGCCUCUUCACAGAAAUUGACCCAUUCAUUAUAGGUACAAUUUCAGUUUGACAGUUCACACUGCAUUUAUCUGGCUCGUUACUGUCUUUCUUAUGAAUGCUUUUUUCCUUCAUGAAAAGGUGUUUAUUGUGAAUGCACAUAAAAACUGUUGACUUACAGUCUAUGUCCAUGGCAGAAAUCGCUUUUACAGUAUAAACAGUCACUGUUAAAAGGCAUUUGUUCACAGCUAGUAACAGAGAGCCAGAAGAGGGAACAAGUCUUCUGUCACGUUUCCUCAGGAAAGCUGGGGUGAAAGAGUUAUUUUUCAAUAAAGUCAUAUUAAUACACA